AUGCUUUCUCUUCCAGGCCUCAACCUGGCCGCGCCCCCUGCCGAGGCUCUCAGCGCACCUGCCUCGUCUGUCACAAGAGAACAAGAUCUGCCCGCCAACACGGAAUAUCGCUUCGAAGUUGGCUUUUCCCGCACAUUCACAGUUCGCCUACGCUCCGGCACGGCCGAGUACUUCGGUACCGAGCUUGCGCCAUCCACCACAUACAGCUUUCAAGGCACCAAAGGCGCAAUAUACACAUGGCACGGCUGCAAGCUCGAGCUAGGCGGCGAGGCCGAGUCAGACUAUGUCGCAGAAGAAACCCCAAUGGUGAGCCACGCAAACCUACACUUUGCCCUCGAAUUGCUGCGCGACAAAAGUGUGGCGAGCAAUAACGUGGAGAUGGGUCCCAGAGUCCUUGUGGUGGGUUCAGAGAACGCUGGUAAAACUGCGCUUGUCAAAACGCUCACAUCCUACGCUGUCAAGAGCGGCCGACAACCCAUGGUAAUCAACCUCGACCCACGACAAGGCAUGCUGAGCGUGCCAGGGUCGUUUUCUGCUGCUGCCUUCUCUUCCAUUGUAGACAUCGAGGAGGGGUGGGGAAGCAGCCCCAUCUCCGGACCCAGCCCCAUUCCAGUGAAGAUGCCGCUAGUCUACCACUAUGGCCUCAAGGAUCCUGAAGAGGGAAAGUUGUUCAAACCUUUGGUCACACGCAUCGCGCUUGCUGUCACAAGCAGGUUGGAGGAGGACAAGGCGAGCAAGCAAGCUGGCUUCAUCAUCGAUAGCUCAGGCACUAUCAGUGCUGGCAAGUCCGGGGUGUACGAGAACAUAGAGCAUAUUGUUUCCGAGUUUUCCGUGAACAUCCUCAUAACCCUCGGCUCCGAACGCCUGUACUCCGACCUAUCCCGCAAAUUCUCCAACCGCCCCACAGAAGAAACCGUCAGCGUGAUCCGCCUCGACAAAUCUGGCGGCUGCGUCGACCGCGGCGAGGAAUACAUGAAAGCGCUCCGCCACAGCCAGAUCCGAGAGUACUUCUUCGGUCACGGCGAGGACGCCCUAGCGCCAAGCAGCAUGACUGCCGACUACAGCGAUCUGAACAUCUUCAGAGUCAUCGAGACCGAACCGAACCCCUUCGCCGCCGGCGACGCUGAAGAAUACAAUCCCGCUGGCAGCACAAGGGAGCUCUACGAGCGCGUCACGCCGUCCAGUGCUAUCCAGAAUAAACUGUUUGCUAUUACGACGGCGAGCCCGAAUGAUAAGCACGAGGUGAUUAGGGAUAGUAGUGUGAGGGGGUACAUCUACGUGGCGGAUGUGGAUGAGGGGAAGAGGAAGGUCAGGCUGUUAAGUCCUCAACCUGGACAUUUGCCGGGGAGUGCUAUGGUGCUGGGGAGUUGGCCUGAGGACGUUGCGGGGCUUGUUAGUUGA